AUGUUUCUUGUACUUAAUGAACUCAAGAAUGUAGGUGAAGAUAGACUCGCAAACUUCAACGCUUUGAAAUCAAUUAUAACGGAUAAUGAGAUUAGAAUUAAUGAAAAGAAUCAACCCAGAAGAACUGCUCAGAACGUUGCAAACUUCAUUUUCGUAACUAAUAACGUCUACCCUGUCAAAAUUGAAGUUGGAGACAGAAGAUAUGUAGUUUUAAGAGUUAAUGGUAAAUUUAAGGGUCAAUUUGAUUACUUCAAGAAUUUGAUGAAUUCAUGCACAAAGGAAUUUUAUGAUAAUUUACUGACGUAUUUUAUCAAUUACGACCUUUCAUCAUUUAAUGUACGAAUCAUUCCGAUGACUGAAGCCAAACAAGAUUUAAUUGAAUUAUCAUCAAAUCCUUUAGAUGUAUGGAUAAAUACACAUUAUGAUGAAUUGUGUGCAGGUAUGACGUGUAAAAAUGCUUUAUUCUGCAAACCAUCAGACAUGAAAGACAAGAAUUUCCAAAUGAGCAUUAAAGAUAAAUGUGAUAAGAAACAGAGAAGAAUAGAUGGUAAACAGACAUGGUAUUAUGUUUUGAAAGAAGAAAUGAAAGAAUUAUAUAAACAGGUUGAACCAAACGAUAAUGAGGAUUCAUUUACUGACGAUGAAAUACCUGUAAAUGAAGCUUUAUAA